AUGGACUCCUUUCAAGCGUGUCAAUUUCUCCAAAAAUUCAUCGGCAAGAGCUCUUCGUCGGCAGCUGAACUGUUGGAGCUCUUUUCCGCUCUGGUGCCAAUCAGUGAUGUCUUAACGAACCCCAAGGCCCCCGAGAACGUCUUGGCCACAGCUUCAAAUGAAAGCGCUAGUAUACUGGGUGGUGGAUUAAAUCAAUUCACUCCUGCUUUCCCAGUGCAGGUUAGCAAGGAAGCUCUCGCAUCGAUAUUUGACAUUUCGUCCAUCGCGAUUGACGUGAAGAUAGCAAUCUUUCACCACUACUGGAUACAAAGGCUGAUGCGUAUUUGCCUGAGUGAAACGCUUGCUAAUGUCGUCGGGACAAAAGGUUCACCAGACAACAUGCCCCCGAUAAACAUCAGAUUGAGCUUUCGAUUCGUAGAAAAUUUUGACGUCGAAUGUUAUGAGGCAUCGGUCACCGACGGCGAGGAAGCAAGUACGAUGGGCCUACAAUCGCUCAUGAACCAUCUACCGGUAAAACCGAUCUUUGCUUUGGACUGGGGCAUCCACAAAUACGAUCCAAAGCAUACACGUACUCACCCUCCUGGAUUCAUCGAAAGCCAAAUACCCCGCCUCGUAGGGUUGAUGAAAACCAUUUUGAAGCGAGCUGUCCGAGUCCAAAGGUCCAAGGAUCGCGCUGCUCUGCUAUACACCCCUCGAAUACUCAACCACAUCCAAAUGAGGAUAUCGGCGCUCGAAAGUCGCUCGCAGUUUCAUUCGGAAGGUCAAAACGACAAAGUUAAGCAACUUCGAUCGAAGCUGGACAUGUUUUACGCAAGCCCAGCUUUCAGAGUCCAGGCUACCAUGGAUAACAUAGCCGGAAUGGUCAAUCCCACCCAAGCAGUCAAAUUUGCCGAGUCUAUCGGAAGUGUGGUUCAUCCUGACCAAGCAAUCAGUCUCACAAAUAUCGGAAGUACGGGGAAGUUUAAUUUGACUUCAGCACGCGACCAAUCCCUUGAAAGGUUUUUGCCCCUGGCUGGGGAUAAAUCGAGCUCUGGUCAUGCAGAACUUAGUGAAAUUCAACCAACCGAAAAGCCCAUUAAAGGGCCAAUAGCACCACAGACCAGGAUCACGAUGCUGAACUUCAAACUACCAGACAUUCUUCAAGCAAUGUUGCUCGCAGUUGUUACCGAAGCAUACUGCGUCUUACUCAAGUAUCCGACGCGCCUGAAUUCGAUUUUCGAUCACCUUUUUGCUGCUUUCUUGGACCAUGUCAAGCCCGAUCAUUCCCAAAAUGCCAACUUCAGCUUGUCAGGACCAAGUCUUCGUCUAGAUAUGCCAAGCUUACCCCCUUUCAAUGCAGCGAUGGGCUUAUCGCCUCGUGUCAACUUACCCGGUAUGCCUGACUCACUGGACUCGAUUAUGAAGCCAGCGUUGCCCCUCGACAACAUACUAUCCGCAAGCACUUCCAAAACCAAUCCGCUUCCCCUAGCAAGACUGCCUUCAUUGAUGGCUUCCAAAGCUGUAUCUCCGAUGAUCCUCAGAAGUGUUUCCUGGGGCACCAAUUCCUCCGAGUCAGAAUGUGAUACUGGAGACCUCGAUCCGAAAGAGUCCACCGCCGAACUCAAGAACCGAAAGCUUUUGCCCAAAAGUCCUAAACCCAAAGCCCAAUUUUCCAUGUCUAUGAAGAAUGCGGCGAUUUCGAAGCCACCCCUCGAACCCAUCCAACUAAUUAGCGAAAGUUUCAGGGAUCACUCGAAACCCGUUCAGGUUAAGGAAGGAGUCACAUCCUCCUUAGAAAAACAUGAUUCCGAUAAAGAAAACUGA